CUGAUAGAUUUCGGUAUCCUUUAGUUCCUCUAGAUGUUCGGGAGGGGGCAUACCAGGAGUGAUAAAAGAAACAAGCAGACCAUAAAGGCUCUUGUCCCUCUUCCCCAUUUUUCUUUUCCCUCUUCUAAAGUGCCCACCUGAUGGCUUUCUCUCGAGCUUCUUGCUGGCCGUGCGGCCAUGGCCGACUCUUCUCUUUUGUCCUUCUGGCGCUGCUCGCCGUGUCUGAUGCCAGCCCUGUAUACUCAUACUCGUCGGCGCAGUCUCGCUGUCCAGACGCCUGCAGCGUGCUGGGCAGCGACCCGGCCGGCUGGACGCAGUACCACAGCCUCGACGUCUUGGCCAUCUGCAACCAGACCGUUCUCUUCGACAUGAAUUUGUACAAUCCCGUGGAUGACCCCCAGAGACAUAUCACGAUCCGGGCCUGCACGGCUGCGGUAGAUGGCCGGGUUAAAGCCACCGCGACGGGCCGGGCCGACGCGCUAUCCUGGGGUAAUCUUGAUAGCGAUAUUGAUAUUGAUAGUGAUAGUGAUACCUCUAUCCUGACGACGCAGCUGGCCGCCUAUGUGCAGAGCAACCCGUGGGUGUCCAGCCUGUUGGCAUCCGGCGGCGGCGCUGUGGCUGGGAUAUAUAUUGGUCCCGGCAUCGAUGUGAGCAGUGCGGUCGACGUUGUACGGCAGAGUAAACCUCACGCCCAGACGGUGCAGUACUGUGGCACAGACAACAGCCAGUUCUUCGGCAUCGUCCUGGACACACAGGGCAAUAUCUCGUCCGUGCAGGCGGCCCUGGCCACAUGGGCGUCCGGCCACUGUCUCGCAGACAGAAAUAGCAGCAACAGCAGCAGCAGCAGCAAUGCUAAAAUAAAACUGCUACCAGUGAAACCGGUACGCUCCUCGUCGAUCGCUCCAGUGCCGCAGCCCUACGCCAACGGCACCUGCUAUACAUACACAGUGCAGGCCAACGAUACGUGCGCGUCGAUUGCCACGGCGCACAAGGAGAGCUACACGGUGAUUGAGCAGAACAACAACAAUACCUGGGGAUGGAUGGGCUGCUCCGACCUGCUGGUCGGCCAGAGGAUCUGCCUCAGCCCAGGGAAUCCUCCCUUCCCAGCCACGGUGUCCAAUGCCGUCUGCGGUCCACAGGUCAACGAUACCACGCCCACGGCCAACUACACCGGCUGGCCAGACCUGAAUCCAUGUCCGAUCAAUGCCUGCUGUGAUAUCUGGGGCCAAUGCGGCAUCACAUCUGACUUCUGCACCGCCGCCCCGGCCGACACGGGGGCACCGGGCACUGCGCAGCCCGGCAGCAACGGCUGCAUCUCCAACUGUGGCUUCGACGUGAUCGAGUCGGCCGGUCCGGACGAGUUCUUCACGGUGGGCUACUUUGAGGCUUGGAACCUGGACCGUCCAUGUCUGCAUAUGUACCCCAGCGACAUCCCGUCGCGGUACAGCCAUGUGCACUUUGCCUUUGCCAACAUCAGCGACGACUACACCGUCAGCCUCGGCGACUACGAGGACUUCUUCAGCGAGUGGCAGUCGCAGAGGGGCUUUAAACACAUCCUGUCCUUUGGCGGCUGGGGCUUUUCCACCUCGCCGCAGACCUAUCCCAUUUUCCGCUCGGGCGUCACGGCCGCUGAGCGGACCACCUUUGCGAGCAACCUGGUGCAGUUCAUCAAGGACAACAACCUCGACGGCAUCGACUUCGACUGGGAGUAUCCCGGCGCGACGGACAUCCCUGGCAUCCCCGCGGGCAGCGCCGAGGAUGGCGCCAACUACCUGGCCUUUUUGCAGGAGAUUCGCGCGCGUCUGCCCACCGACCAGUACAGUGUAUCGAUAGCCGCGCCGGCGUCGUACUGGUACCUGCGCAACUUUCCCAUUCAGGAGAUUGGCGAGCUUGUCGAUUACAUUGUGUAUAUGACCUACGAUUUCCACGGCCAGUGGGACUAUAGCAACUCGUACAGCGACCCUGGCUGCCCCGAUGGCAACUGUCUCCGGUCCCAGGUCAACAAGACCGAGACGCUCUCCGCGCUGUCCAUGAUCACCAAGGCGGGCGUCCCCUCCAACAAGAUCAUGGUCGGCAUGCCCCUCUACGGCCGCAGCUUCGAGAUGACCGAGGCCGGCUGUUACACGCAGAUGUGCACCUAUGUCGGCCCAGACAGCGGCGCGACCCCGGGCAUGUGCACCGCCACGGCUGGCUACAUCAGCAACUGGGAGAUCCAGCAGAUCCUUAAUACGCCUGGCAAUGAUGUCCAGCAGUACUAUUCGGACGAGGCCGGCGACAUCGUCGUCUACAACGGCACGCAGUGGGUGUCCUACCUCACCAACGCGACGUACAGCAACCGCGUCUCGUGGGUGCAGGGCAUGAACUUUGGAGGUAUCUCCGACUGGGCCAUGGACCUCGAAACCAGCUACUACAGCAAUGGCACCGAGGAGGGCGGCGGCUCAGGCGUCGUGUUCAUUGACCCCGGCAUAUUCACUGAGACCGACCCAACCAUUGCCUGCAUCCCGCCGUGCACCUUUGUGUUGCCACCAUGGACGCUGUCGACCCCGACGACCAUCUCGCAGCCGCCCGUCACCCAGACCCUACAGCAGAUGUGGCAGUCCACCGUGACGGACAGCAGUGGCGUCACCAGCGUCGUCGUGUUGUCGACCACCACGGUGACCACCAUCACGGUCCCGCCAGUCACCACGGAGACCAUCGAUGUCUAUAACGUCGUGUGGACCGACAUUGAGGAAACCAUUAUCUACUUCACCAGCAGCGUGUAUAUGCCAUCUAUCGUGUUGACUGGGGCCACCAACCCCGUCAGCUCAGCCAGUUCAGCCAGCUCAGCCAGCUCGACGACGUCGUCGACAAUCGCUGGCAUCCUAUACACCUACUCGCCAGGCCCGUAUACCGGUCCCUCGGCCGCGUCAACCACGACCAAUACCCCCAACCCGCCGCCUCCGAAGCAUAUCGGAUCGGUACAUGUCACCAAGGGACCGCCGUCGCCGACCUGCACGCGCCACUGCGGCUCACGGUGCCAUAUUAACUGCGUACCGUCGCUGCCAUGCACCGGUAUCUGCGGCUGCAUCGGCCACAGCUGCCCUGGCGGCGGUAGAUGUGUUGGCGACGGCUGCGGCGGCGACGACGACAACGACAGCGGCGGCGGCGGUGACGACGGCCACGACAACACAUCGACCUCAUGCUCAACCACGCGCACGUACACCAACUGUGAGGUGCCGUGCUCCGUCACCAACUACGGCACGUCGGCGACGACGACGUGCUCCAGCGCCACCUGCGAGAAGACGUCGGGUUGCCAGGCCUCUGGCACGACCACCACCGCCUACAACACCACUUACAACUGCUACUGGACAACAGUGCUUCAGGAUGCCUACUGGACCGUGGCCAACCCGGCAGGCGACCCGCCGCGACUCGGCGCUGGUGGUCAGUUCGGCUACACGUACAUCACUGGCACCGGGGCCGUCUCGCAGACGUCGUCGGCCGCGGCGUCCUAUAUCCCAUGUACCUACCAAGGCCAAGAUCCUGACCAGGGCAUCACAGCGCGUAUGUUCUCCCCCCUCCCCCAAACCCUUCUCCAUGCAUAUAGACAUUGCCUGCUGAACCCUCUUCCAGAAUACUGUGUAUGCUCAGGGUCGACGUUUGCGCCUCAGACGACGUCGGUCGACCCCGGCAACUCAUGCGCCUACACAGCGCUGCCGGCAGAGACCACCAGUGUCGGGAUGAACUACGAGACCAUCACGAGCAACUGCAACGUGUGCACGUGGCUGGGCCAGUCGCAGGUGGGCUGCACGAAGCUGGGCGGCUGCACGUCUAUCACCCAGGUCACCAGCACGGCGACGGUGACGGUGACGCCGACACAGACGGUGGUGGUGACACCGGCGGAGAUGGCGGACUGUGUCUUCCGGGACGUGGUCGUCGCCUGGGCCUUUGAAAUCUACAAUAUCCAGAACUGGGCCACCGACGGCGGCAAGGCAUUGCACAAGCAAGAGGACGGCUGCGGUGCGCUGACGGGCUGGAAGUGGCACGAAGCUACCGACACAGAGCUGGCGCACGUCUACUUUAACCUGCCCUACUUUAUCAAGGAUGGCUGCGUCGAGCGCGCCAUUGUGUCGGCCGGCGGGCCCAAGCUCUCGUGCCAGGGGCUGGAGGGAGGCAUGGCAACUGACGAUGAGGAUGAUUACGACGAUAACCUCCCCGUGGACGACGUGGACGCAGAAGAGCUCCUACGCCCCGCCAAGCGCAGCCAGACGCUCGACACGCCCGUACCGCCCAGGUCACUGUCGCUCCCAUACUCAUACUCUUCAAACAAAUCUGGCUACACCUACACGCCCAUGUCGUGGCCCAGCGACAAUGGGACUGUGACGUUGACGUGGACGUCCACCCAGACCACGGCGGUCAUGGUUACGCUCACUUCGGUGAUCCCCAAGAGCAGCACGACCUCGUCGUUGGCCUCAACCUCGUCAGCCAUGCCGGGGUGGACAGCUUCGCGUGCCUCAAAGGCUUCGUCUACGCCGUUCUCGGCAUCAAGAUCGGCCUCGAAGACUACGUCGUCGGGCACCAAGGUCUCAACACCGUCCCCCAUCCAGACGGGCAUGGUCAGCGACUGCGAUGACUUCCACCUCGUGGUGACUAAUGACACCUGUGCCAGCGUGGCGGACGUGGCUGGUAUCUCCUUGAGUGACUUCUACGCCUGGAAUCCCGCCGUCGGCUCCAAGUGCCUGUAUCUCGCCCUCGGCGACUACGUCUGCAUCGGCGUCUCAUCGGGCUCGAACCAGUCCGUCACGACAAAGAAGUAAAGUAAAUAUAUUCACAGUAAAAAAAAAUAAUACUUAAAUAUAAUGUUAGAGAUCCAGAUAGACCGCACUAGGAGUUCUCCUUUUUGGUCGACUGGCAGAAAGCUAUUAAAUAACUAUCAAAAUAACACCCUAGGUAGUAAGUAAGUAAUUAGGAUAAAGUUCAAGGGCAUAGAUAAUUUACAGA